AUGAGCAAGGUCGUCCUCGUCACCGGCGCCAGCCGCGGCAUUGGUCUCGCCGUGGCCCACCACCUGCUGGCCCAUGCGCACAAGGUCGUGCUCGUGGCCCGCGCGGCGGAGCCCAUGGCCGCGCUCCAAAAGGCGUUUCCGGACCAGGUGGCCUACAAGGCGACCGACGCCACCGACUACGCGGCGCUGGCCAGCACGGUCGACCUGGCCGUGUCGACCUGGGGCCGGCUCGACGGCGUUGUCAUCAACCACGGCGCGCUGACGCCCGUGCAGCGGCUGGCCGAUGCCGAUCUGGAUGCGUGGAAGCGUCUCUACGACAUUAACGUGUUCAGCGCCUUGGCCUUGGCCAAGGCUGCACUGCCCGCCCUCCGCGCCGCCAAGGGCCGCAUCGUGCUCGUCUCCACCGGCGCCAGCAAAAAGGGCUACGCCUCGUGGGGCGCCUACGGCAGCUCCAAAGCCGCGGCCAACGCACUCGUACAGCACCUGGCCGUCGAGGAGCCCGAGAUUGUGUCGGUGGCCGUGGCGCCGGGCCGCGUCGACACGGACAUGCAGAAGCAGAUUCGCGACGAGGGUGCCCGCGGCGGCAUGGACGCCAAGGUGCUGUCGACGUUUGUCGAUGCCUACGCGGACGGCAGCCUCAGCCCACCCGAGAAGCCGGCCGAGGUGCUGGCGAAGCUGGCGCUCGAGGCGGCGCCCGAGCUGUCCGGCACAUACUUCAACUGGAACGAUUCGCACAUGGGGACGUAUCACUGGUCGUAG